AUGCUCUCACGUGUUGCUGCUGUGAUGGCACCCCGCACACACAACCGUCGCCGCGUGACCGGAUCCAGCGGAAGGAGGAGGGAAGGAAGAGAUCGUGAGCCGCAGAGGCCCAACAUGUCCCGGCGUGUGUUUACUUCCGCGGUGCUGCUCCUCCUCGUCGUGAUGAUGUGCUGCAGCGGUGGGGCUUCGAACGCCGUGACGAGUAAUUCGGGGAAUGCGCAAUUGCCGCAGGGAGUCGAUCUAUUUGUGCCGCAGAUGACGCUGGUUGUACCGAAAGGUGGAACGUCUCAAGAAACUAUAAGGAAUUCAUUUAUUUCACCCUCUCUCGUCAGUGCUGGUGGAGUAAUUGCUGCUUUUGCCGAAGGUCAAGUGUAUACCGUUAAUGGUGCUAGACAAAAUGAGAAAACUUCUUCUGAUGUUGUUGCGGAGUACAUCGACUCUUCGUGGGAUUGGUCCGCUCUUGUUGGCAAGGUCAAAAAGGAAGAAUGGAAGGCAAACACCGUGCUUGGUACAACAAAUGGAACGGAUAAUCGUGCGGAUUUUUUUUACCACCCCACAACCACCACGAAGGGCAAUAAGGUGUUUCUUCUUGCGGGAAGCCUUUAUAAGUACAGACAAACUGUUGGAAAGCAGACAUAUAGCGGAUUCAAAUCACGAAUUGAACUGGUUGUGGGUGAUGUGAGGGAGCCUACGAGCAGCGAACCGACUGAACGUAUCAAAUGGGGCGAAAUCAGGUCUCUGUUAAACGAGAGUACUAUAACUGCUCACAAAGGUAAAUUGACAUGGUUUCUUGCUGCUGGUGGCUCAGGUGUUCUGAUGGAGGAUGGCACGCUUGUGUUUCCUCUGAUGGCGGAGAGCGGAAAUGGUGGCUAUUACUCCAUGAUUAUUUACUCGAAGGACAACGGCAGUACCUGGGCGCUCUCAACUGGUGUUUCCCCUGCGAACUGCACUGACCCCCGCAUCACCGAAUGGGAUGGAUCACUUCUCAUGAUUGUUAAUUGCAAUUAUAGCCGGAGGGUGUACGAGUCACGUGACAUGGGGAAAAAGUGGACGGAGGCCAUCGGGACACUCCCAGGCGUGUGGGUCAACUCACGAUUAUACUUUUGGGACCUGAGCUUGCGUGUGGAAGCCCUUAUCACCGCAACCAUUGAGGAAAGGAAGGUCAUGCUGUACACACAGAGAGGGUACGCCUUGGGGGAAAACGCCAAUACGCUCUACCUUUGGGUGACGGACAACAACCGUUCUUUUUAUGUUGGACCGGUUGCUACUGACGCUGCUGGGAAUUGGGAGUUCGCCAGCAGCCUGAUGUACUCGGAUGGCAAUUUGCAUCUUUUACAACAGAGGGGCAGUAGUGAACACAGUGUCAUUUCACUUUCCCGCCUGACGGAGGAACUGAGUGCAAUCGAGUCCGUCCUCAGUACUUGGGCGCAAAAGGACAUUUUCUUCUCCAGCUUGUCUAUACCCACGGCGGGUCUGGUGGCAGCUUUGUCCGAUGCGGCCAGUGAUGACACGUGGAACGACGAGUACCUUUGCGUGAAUGCAACGGUGACGAACGCGAAGAAGGUCAAAAAUGGGUUUCAAUUGACGGGGCAUAGCUCCGGGGUACUAUGGUCCGUGAACACUCGGGGAGAUGGUAUACGCCAUGUAUCUUUGAGCCACAGCUUCACACUUGUGGCGUCGGUGACCAUCGAAGAGGCUCCGAGUGAGAAAACUCCUCUCCUGGAUGCGAUGUUGGGGGACACUAAUUCCAAUCAUACCAUGGGACUGUCGUAUACCGCGGAUAACAAGUGGGAGACGAUGUUUGGGGGCAAGGUAACAACGGAAAGCAGGCCUUGGGAGCCGAAGAAAGAACACCAAGUGGCACUCAUGCUACAAAGCCAAAAGGUCUCUGUGUACAUUGAUGGUCAGUCGCUGGGGGAAGAAGAAUUGCCGUUAAAAGGUGAGAGUACACUUGAGCUUGUACGCUUUUGCUUUGGCGCGUGCGGUGAGGAUGCCGGCCAGAAAACUAAGGUGACGGUGACGAACGUCUUUCUGUACAACCGCCCACUGAAUUCCACUGAGAUGCGUGCAAUCAAGGACAGGAUCCCCGUUCCGACGAGAGGCCCGGAAACCCAAGUGGAGGGAAUGGCCACCACAGAGCAUUUGGCCGCGGUGCAUGACCCACGGGAAGUACCAGCAGCACUGGGGAGGACAACUGUGGAGAGAUCUACCGCCACAGAACAUGCGGCUGCGGUAAGCUUUACCUCUGCUGGGAGCGGACUGCUGCCGCUGCUUUUUCUGCUCGGGCUGUGGGGCUUUGUGGCUGCGUAA